CAUCGUAGCUUUCAAUAGUGAUAAAAAAUCUGUUGCUCGGAGGAAGUUUCAAAGUUUUGUUUUGUAAUUUCAUCAUGCAAUUUUUUUACAUUAAAGAAUUAUAACUCGGGAUGUUGUAUGUAAAAACGAAAAAUAAUGAUUGUUUUCUUUCCCUAAAGUGUCCUACACGUUUGAUAAAUUUAGGAAAAGGUUAAUAUUAUCCUUGCUAAAAUUGUGACUUUGGGUAGGUAGUUAAUACCUAUUUACAUAAUAAUAUUUGCCAUGGAGUCAAUAGAGAAAGCGAAAUCGAAAAAAUCAGAGUAUAUUGCGCCUUUAUUGGCUGGAGCCUUAGCCGGGGUGUCUGUGGAUGUGGCCCUGUACCCUCUAGAUACGUUGAAGACCCGUCUUCAAAGUGAGAAGGGCUUCCAAAAGGCUGGCGGCUUCAGAGGAGUUUACCGAGGUCUGCUCACAGUAGCCACGAGUUCAGUGCCCACAACAGCUUUAUUCUUUGUUUCCUAUGAGACCACGAAGAAAGUGGUGACGCCUCUAUUACCAUCCCAAUAUGUCCCGGUGGGUCACAUGUUGGCUGCCAGUGUAGGGGAAGUGUUGGCGUGUGUAAUUAGAGUGCCAACAGAAAUAGCGAAACAAAGGAAACAAACUCAUUCAGGGCUCGCCAAAAGGAGCAGUAUAUCAAUACUUAUCGAGGCGUAUAAGACAGAAGGUUUUCGUAAAGGGUUGUAUCGAGGGUUCUUCUCAACCGUAGCGAGAGACCUACCGUUCAGUUUCAUAGAGCUACCGGUGUGGGAACUCCUCAAGACAUCAGUCAGAAACCAUAACGAUGGACAGAUAAGCGGCUUCCAGAGUGCGUUAUGCGGCUCAGUGGCGGGUGCUUUCGCGGCCGCGGUCACCACGCCCCUGGACCUCGCUAAAACCAGAAUAAUGUUGGCUGAAAACUAUACCGUCACUCGGAAACUGCGGAUAGUGCCAGUACUGUCUGAUAUAUACUUCGAAUCCGGGCUGAGAGGACUUUUCGCCGGCGUUGCACCAAGGAUGACCGCUUUUAUGCUCGGAGGUUUCUUUUUCUUCGGCGCUUACGACCAGUGUAAGGCGUUUGUGGAGGAGAAACUGGACGGGAGCUAGUUCUGGCGUUUGCCGCUAGGUAAGGCGUCACUUUCAUUUUUAGUUCCUCGAAUUUACACGCCAGGUAUGGCGCCACUGUCGUUUUUAGUUCGUCGAAUUUUCACUAGGUAUGGUGCCACUGUUGCUUUUAGUUCCUAAUUGAUACUAGAUGGCGCUACUUAAGUUGUUGCAUUUAAACUGAAGGAAAUAUGAACCCUUGUAAUAUCAUUCGUGCAACUGUCUGUUUGUCGGACCUUCACAGCUAGUUUAAUAAUUGUUGAAAUAUGUUUUUUAAAUUAUUUAUUAUGGCUAUUCAGUUUUCAUUAUUUCAUUAGUAGACGUAAUUUUUACGUCACAUUAAAAUUACGGCUUUAUCCUAAUACAUAUAAAGCUCAAAAUGGUAGAGCUAAUGAAUAAUGCCAAAGAAAUUUUCGCUUAUAGUUGAAUGAAUGAUUGAAUGAAUUGUAUUUAGUAAUGAUUUUUAAUGAAUGUGUUGGUACUUUAAGUACAUAAUUAUGUUUUAAUUGUUUGUUGAAAGGGUUUAGAGUUGUUUUAGAUUAGAUGCCAGAUGUGAUUCAUAUUUAUAAUAUUAUAUUUAAGAUUUUUACUUAAUAAAUAAUAUUUAUUUAUAUGAUUUUACUUUAUAACAUUUAUAACUCACCAAAUUUAUGGCGUUAAUAUGAAAAGGUUUUUAAUG